AUGAAAUCAAAUUCUUUCCGGACAGAGACAAUACCCAGGGAACCAGCGAUCAUGCCGCUGGGGCAGCGACGCCCCAGUUCAAAAAGUCGCCGCCUUAUUGAAGAGUACCGGCAUUCAGUCUUGGCGUCCGGGGGCGAGCCAAUGGCAGAAGCGACAUCCCGCGCGUUUCUGGAGCGGGGUGGGUGUAGGAAGUCUACGCCCUUUGACGUGCGACGUGAGGGCUCACAGAGGUCGAUGCUGUCGGCUCCGCCAAAGACGUCAGAUCCCGUGCAAUGGUGCAUGGAUCACGCUGAGGCAGCUGAGUCGGCGGGGCAGUUAGCUGACGCUGAGAAGUACCUGCAAGGGGCGCUUGAGAAGCUGCAACACACUGGAAUCAUUGCGCUGGGGGAAGUACACGGCGUCUCUACCCACGUUGACGCAAAGCUGGAGCAGGACUGCCUGAGGACAGCUGAGGUCCUGCGCCGUUUCGGCAAGCUGUCGAUGAAGAAGAGCGCGUACGCGGAGGCACUUGCUCUCUUCAACCUCAGCAGCCGUACCGAUCCCCUGACGCCUGUCACGUAUGCAUUGCGAGGUGCCUGUCAUGAGUACCUGGGGAAUUACGCCGAGGCGUAUGAAGAGUAUAAGAAGUAUCUUUCUCUUAGCCAUCCCACUAUGGAUGUGAUGGCACACACAGGUCAAUGCGCACUAAAGGCCGGGCAAUACGAAGCUGCAGAGCGUUACCUGUACGAACUGUUACGAAUGACAAAGUUGGCCACAAGUUCUCCUGCACAACUCACGAGCCAUACUUGUACACUGUUUGAUUCUCCUAGUUUUUACGAAGCACACGCGUACUACUGUCUGGGACUUGUGCGGGAAAAGCAGUCAGAACAGGCAGCGGCUACCCCAUCAGUGGAUUCCGCGAGUAAUGCUGCAGACGUAUUGGCACAGGAAGCAAGGGCAUUCUACGACUUGGCGGUUGCAAACUCGGCCUACGUAGCAGCCCUUGAAGAUGCCGCAGAGAGUGCCAUUGCUGUGGGGGAUACAUCCCUGACCUGGGAAAAUUUACAACAUCUGCAGCGUUUGCGUAGCGAUUGCGCACAUUACUACUUGCGCGCCGCAGACGUAUGUGCCAUGGCGAAUGACGCCGCUGCCGAGGUGGCGGAGCUUUCCAAAGCACUAGACCAGCGUCAGCCGGUGCCAGUGCGUUGUACGACCUUGCUUCGUCGUGCCGCCGUGUACGCGUCCAAGCUGCAGAACUUUGACAAGGCGAUUGUUGACCUCUCUCUCUUGUUGAGCUUGCCAGGCGAUGACAACUGCACAGCAAUGGCAUACUUGCAACGGGCCAAGGCAUUUGAGCAGCGCAGUUGCGAGCGUCCGCGGACUGCGAAGGAGGACGUUGUGGCCGCUUUAAGCGACUACAACAGUUUUGUAGCGACGGCGUUGAUGCAUCCACAGAAACUAGCUGCCCCACCCGAGUCUAUUACAGAGGCAAUGCUAAUUCUAGCCAACGGGGCAUUUACUGAAAAGAAAUAUGCAUGUGCCGCACAUUUUUUUGCGCGUGCCGUCGCCCGGGGUUGGCAGCCGCAUGAGGAUUUACCACAGGAGAGCCAGCAACUCAAGAAGGGAACAUCUGCGUCAUCGAUAUCGUUGACGGGCGUGGAUCUGCUUACCAAGAUGUAUGUGGCGAUUGCCCAUAAUGUAGUGUCGCGGAUUGCCAUCGCAGAGGAUAUGUUCAGGGUGGCGUACGAGCAGCGGGAAAAGUCUGCAGCCCAUGUCGCCGUUGACUUGAAGAAGUCGAAGGCUGCAGAACGGAAGGAGGCGGAGAAGCCGAUAGUGCCGGUCCCUGCUGUCAGUUAUCAAGUGGUGGAAGAGCACUACCUACGGCUGCGUGCGCUUGAACCGACUGUCUUCUCCUCUUUGCAAUACGAACUCCUGGAGCUGUGGGAGCCGUACAGGACGGAGGUGGAGCGACUGCGGGAGGACUUGAUGCUCACAAGGAGUGGGAGGAAAAUCAAGCGGCGCUGA